CUUCCUUCUCCACUUCUUUUCCGCCUCCGCCUCUUCUUGGCUCCCGCGGCGCCAGCGCCUUCCCCUGGCCCGGGCGGGGGCCUCGGCUCCUUGCAGAGCUCUCUGUGUCAGUGGGGGACAUUUCGUUCUGUCGGACAAGCAGCCCCUGAGCUGGGCGAGAGGUGCCAAGGGAGCUUCUGUCCCGAGGACCGGGGGAUGCGAAGGGAUUGCCCCCUGUGGGUCACUUUCUCAGUCAUUUUGAGUUCAGCCUAAUAAAAGACUGAGGUUAUGAAGUCGAUCCUAGAUGGCCUUGCAGAUACCACCUUCCGCACCAUCACCACAGACCUCCUCUACGUGGGCUCAAAUGACAUUCAGUACGAAGACACCAAAGGUGACAUGGCAUCCAAAUUAGGAUACUUCCCACAGAAGUUCCCUUUAACUUCCUUUAGGGGAAGUCCCUUCCAAGAGAAGAUGACUGCGGGAGACAACUCCCAGCUAGUUCCUGCAGACCAGGUGAACAUUACAGAAUUUUACAACAAGUCUCUGUCAUCCUUCAAGGAGAAUGAGGAGAACAUCCAGUGUGGAGAGAACUUCAUGGACAUAGAGUGCUUCAUGGUCCUGAACCCCAGCCAGCAGCUGGCCAUCGCGGUCCUGUCCCUCACACUGGGCACCUUCACGGUCCUGGAGAACCUCCUGGUGCUGUGCGUCAUCCUCCACUCCCGCAGCCUCCGCUGCAGGCCCUCUUACCACUUCAUCGGCAGCCUGGCGGUGGCAGACCUCCUGGGCAGCGUCAUUUUUGUCUACAGCUUCAUUGACUUCCACGUGUUCCACCGCAAAGAUAGCCGCAACGUGUUUCUGUUCAAACUGGGCGGGGUCACGGCCUCCUUCACUGCCUCCGUGGGCAGCCUGUUCCUCACGGCCAUCGACAGGUACAUAUCCAUUCACAGGCCCCUGGCGUAUAAGAGGAUCGUCACCAGGCCCAAGGCCGUGGUGGCAUUUUGCCUGAUGUGGACCAUAGCCAUUGUGAUUGCCGUGCUGCCUCUCCUGGGCUGGAACUGUGAAAAACUGCAAUCUGUUUGCUCAGACAUUUUCCCACACAUUGAUGAAACCUACCUGAUGUUCUGGAUUGGGGUCACCAGCGUGCUGCUUCUGUUCAUCGUGUAUGCAUACAUGUAUAUCCUCUGGAAGGCUCACAGCCACGCAGUCCGCAUGAUUCAGCGUGGCACCCAGAAGAGCAUCAUCAUCCACACAUCCGAGGACGGCAAGGUACAGGUGACCCGGCCGGACCAAGCCCGCAUGGACAUUAGGUUAGCCAAAACCCUGGUCCUGAUCCUGGUGGUGUUGAUCAUCUGCUGGGGCCCUCUGCUUGCGAUCAUGGUGUAUGAUGUCUUUGGAAAGAUGAACAAGCUUAUUAAGACGGUGUUUGCAUUCUGCAGUAUGCUCUGCCUGCUGAACUCCACCGUGAACCCCAUCAUCUAUGCUCUGAGGAGUAAGGACCUGCGACACGCUUUCCGGAGCAUGUUUCCCUCUUGUGAAGGCACUGCACAGCCUCUGGAUAACAGCAUGGGGGACUCAGACUGCCUGCACAAACACGCAAACAACGCAGCCAGUGUUCACAGGGCUGCAGAGAGCUGCAUCAAGAGCACGGUCAAGAUUGCCAAGGUAACCAUGUCUGUGUCCACAGACACGUCUGCCGAGGCUCUGUGAGACUGAUGCCUCUCUGGCAGCACAGGAAAAGAAUUUUUUUUUUUUUUAAGCUCAAAAUCUAGAAGAGUCUGUUGUCUCCUCGGUUAUAUUUUUUUAAUUUUACCAUGCUCAGUGAAAAGGUGAUUGUCACCAUGAUCACGUAUGAGUUUGCUAAUGUUUCCAUGGUUUAGGUACUUAAACUCCGUUCUCCAGGGGUUUGCAGUGAAGAAAGCCUGUUGCUUAAGUGACUGAACGAUCCUUCAAAGUCUCAGUGAAAUAGGAGGGAAACCUUUGGCUACACAAUUGGAAGUCUAAGUACCCAUCGAAAAACACCAUCAAAUAAGUAAUGCCUUUGUAACCACAACUUCAUUAUAAUGUGAAAUGUGGCUGUCUAUAGUAUCAGAGAUGUCCAUUUUUACAACCGUUAUAAUACUGAAGUAGAGAUAUUUUGUAAACUGUAUUAUGUCCUGUGAGAUGUAUAUCAGUGUUUAUUACAUGUUAUUAAUACUUGUUUAGUCCAGCAAAACUGAAAGGUAGACUUUUAUGAGAACAAUGGACAAGCAGUGGAUAUAUGCCAAUGAGAACACCUUUUUAUCCUACAUUAUUCCCCAUGAUACAACUUUAGAAAUAAACCUUAAUAUUUCUUC